AAACUAUAGAAACUAUUUGCACAUAUUUUUUAUGUGUGUCAUUUUGAUUGACAGCUGCUAUAUUGUUAAAUGACUUUUAAAUAAUCCUUUGCUUUUAAUUAUGGAUACAUUGAAAACUGAUAAUUAUCAUCCAAAGUUGAAAGUAGUUGACAAAAGUGGUAUUAAAAAUGUGAUUCCAGACAAGAAUAUUGUUUAUUCAGGGAAUUUAAAUUUAAUAAGCAGAACAGUUAAUAAACCUGUCUAUGACUUCCGGCCUCUUGCUGCUGCUGUCUUGGGUCUAAAUAAUACUGCUGCUCCACUACCCGAUAAUCUAGAAUUCUAUCACACUUGGACUGAUAUUGAUUCUCAGGAAACAUUUUUGAACACAAAACCAACAUGCUACAUCAUUCUUGGAAAACCGGGAACUGGAGCGUACUCACUUGGCGAAAGUAUGGCGAAAAAACUCAAUGUUGUGCACAUAAGCCCCAAAACUGUUUUAGUUGAUGAAAUGGAACAAAAAAGUGUAACAGGGAAAUGUAUUGAUUUUAAUUUACGCCAUAACAAUAUAUGUAAAUAUGAUACUAUUAUCGCUAUUAUGAAAAAGAAAAUACAAUCACCAGCUGUACAACAUCGAGGUUAUGUCAUCUCUGGUGUCCCGUUAGUGACUUCAAGCAAAAAUAUAGAAUAUUUUACUAAGAACUUAUAUGAGGAAGAAUCAGUUUUGAUUGCAGAAGAUAUAGUUGAUGGUGUUAUUGAAAAUGUUUUUAAAAAGAGGAGAAAAGGCAGGAAACGUGAUGCUGAAGCUUUAAAUUCUUCUCAGAGUAGUGCAGAUAUGGCUGAAAUUGAGAGUGAGAUUGAAGAAGAAGAAGAUGAACAAGAACCUGAUGCAGAUGUUGAGGAGGAAACAGUACAAAUAGUAGCAUUGCCAAAGUUUAUUCUGGAACCUUCUUCAGGUGUCAUAAUAUUAAACAAAUCUUCCUUAAGUUCCAAGCAUACAGUAUUGCUCCAUCAGUGCCAAGAACUGUUUGACUUUCAAGCUAAUCCAAUGAUAAUUAUUUUUAUUACUUGCCCAGAUCCAGAUGCAAUAACGAAAAAAAAUCGGAAAUAUUUCAAUUAUUUAACUUCUUCAAGUCCAACGUGUCCAUUAAUUUCAAGAAAUGAAUCAGAAAUAAGAUGGCCUACUAAAUAUGUAGUCAAUGAGAAUGUAGUAAAUCCCGUAGAUACCAGUGUCCUAAAUCGGAAAUAUUUCUGCCGAUUACCCAUUAACUUUACUUCAAAUGCAACAAAUCAAAUGUGUAACUACCAGUCCCAUGUAACACCUUAUUUAGAGAAGAAAAUCAACGACUUUCAAUCGAAAUUCGUUGUAAAACUGGAUGGCCGUAACCCUGUUUACGAAAUGGCAAACCUUUUAUUUGAUAAAUUAUUACUUUUACCUGUGAAACCGGUGCUAAUACCAGAACCUUUGUAUCUUGAAGAACCUUCUGAUGACAUAGAAAGUUUUUGGAAAUUAGCAGAAGAAAUGAAUGUCAUCAAAUUCGGCGCAAAAAGAUUUAGUCGGUAUGCCUCACCGUGGUAUAACAGAUGUCCCGUCGAACUGAAAAGAAGGCAUGCAGUACAAGGGCUUUCACGAUUUGCUGUGGCCUUUUUUAACCGAAUUUAUCUCCUAUCGUCAUUGGAUAAUAUGGUGGCGUUUUGUAGAAAUCCCCGAUCCUUUUUAAAGCUACAGUAUCUAGAACCGACUUGUAGAAUAAUUGUGACAGGAACAAAAUUAUCCGGCAAAAGUAUGGUUGCGCAAUGCUUAUCGUGGCUGUUCAAUGCUCCAGUUAUAUGUUAUGCGUCAUUUCUUAAUGACAUUAAGCAAAGAAAAUUUGAUAACUUCACAUAUUCUAUAUGGUCUAUAAUAGAAGCAAAAGUAGAACGACACAGAAUAACCGACUGGGAAAACAAAGAGCAAAAUAAAAUGUCUGCUUUAGAUUUAUGGUAUACAUCAUGCCUCGAGAAAUUAAAGCAAUAUGUACGUUUACAAAAAGAGUAUCUGAAUAUCAAAGACGAGGUACUUGACGACAACGCUUCCGCAAAACGUAAAGGUCUUUUUAACAGAGUCCAAAAACUCCGUGAUGAUCUCCAGUUCUUUCCCUUCUUAGAUGACGUAGAAAAGUGUGAAGAGAUUCUUAACGAUCAUAGUUUGCUUCAAUAUGCACCACCGGAGUUAACUGAGGAAAUACCAAAACCAGCAGUACCCGUUCUCGGUGAUGAAGAUGUUAUGGAGGCAAUAUAUGCAUAUAUUUCAGAAAAUAACCGCCAAAAUGACGUAGAGCCGAACAGUACGGAGAUAAUGGAAGAGCUUACAACUAUAUUAGGAAACAUUGAUAUUCAAACAAAAACUAAAUCAAAUGGUGAGCACGAAUAUGGCACGUACAUAAUUGAUGGAUUUCCGUCAGAUGCGGAAUACUGGGAUUUCCUAUUAGGUUCGUCUGUAGCCCCUGAUUAUACCAUAGCAAUCAUCGAGGAUAGAGAAAUGGAUGAAAACAUCGAACAGAAAUAUGUAAAUUUGACAAUAUGUACAAAAAAUCAUGAAACACGCUUUCGUUUAGCCAAUGAUCCACUUGUUAAACUUAAAUUAGAAUCUAAAUAUACUUCGACACCUGAACCAGUUACAUUAGAUUUUUUCAUAAAUGAUAUUAUUAAUAGUAUAAUUAAAUCGAUCUUUACCAACAAAACAGAAAUAAUUAGCACCCUAAACGAAACCAUAAAUAAAUUUCGUGAAGAUUGGGAGGGCUUAAAAGGUAGUAUAACAAACACGGACAAGGCGUGUAUUGAAGUUCAACUUGAAAAUAAAUCAGAUAUCCAAAUACUGGAAGAAGUAUUGGUAAAAAUACGCAGUAGCUACUACCCAGAAGGAAGCGCCGAAGUAGAUGAAACAUUUGAAAAUCAGGGUAGUGAAGAAAGUACAUCUAACGAUUCGCUUGUGCAGAAUGACUCUCGUUUCCUGUGUGAAACCAAUGUUUAUUGCCCUAUUACUUAUUACGAUUAUGGUGUUUUGUGGGAGGGAAGACCAGAAUUUACUUUCAAGUAUGACAAUAAAUUGCAUUAUUUUAGCAAUGAAGAAUUUUUAAAUCAAUUUCAAGGUGACAUAACAAAAUACCAAUCCUAUAACGAGCCAUUCAAAAAGUUGUCACCGAUGAGAAUAUGUGUAAUGGGUCCUAUUGGUAGUGGAAAGACAUCGGCUGCGAAGCUAAUUGCUAAAGAGUAUGGCUUGAUGUACAUUGAUUUUGUUGAAUUCAUAAAUAAUCAUUUAAUACCCCGCCAUUAUAAAAGAGUCGGUCGACAGUACGAAAAUAGUUUUACUGAUACGCCAAUUGAUGAAGAAGUGAUGACGGAAUUAAAUAUGAACGAGGAUAAUGAAAACUUAGAAGUGGAGAUAUUGUCGAAUGAAAUUGAAUUAAGACGCAUGGUUUACAAUUACUUAGAAAAGGGUACAGCAAUUAUACCUAUAUUGAUGCAAAAAUUAAUAAAGAAGCUGUGGUUCCAGCCGCCAUUUUCCACAACUGGUUUUGUAUUAGAUGGUUUUCCAAAGCUGCAAAACGAUGUAGAAGAUAUGACAGCAUGUUUCUGCAUACCUGAUUUAAUAAUCGAAUUGGAGUGUAAUACUGAACUAUCUUCUCAAAGGUUAACACCAAAAUUAUUUGAAGUAUGGAAAGUACAACUAAAUGAGGCUAAACAUAAAGCGCGUGUUAAAUUUGAUAACGAAAAGCGCGAGUGGAGAAACUUCAUAACCAAGAACGUGGUCGUAAAACUUAUUCUUGAUACAAUUAUAGACACCAUUGGGUUAGAAGCAUUUGACCAGGCAAAAAAUCUUUCUACCCAGAGUGCUAUUAUUGAAGCACAUCCGUCUGGAAUGUACAACGUUGAUACUAAUUUAUUUCAGACUUACAAUAACUUCAUAUCAGAAAAUCCAGAACCUGUUGAUCAAAGCACAUGGGAAAAACCGAGCGAGGUUCGGGAGAAAAUUGCUUACAGAAUUGAAAGUACCUAUGAAAUAGAAGAUGAAAAUAUACAAACUUUAAAGGAAACAUUAUUGGAACAAAAUAUUAAAUUAACUACCGUAAAUGGAACGAAGUCGUUUACUAAAGUUGCCCGAAUUUUACUAUCGAAAGUUGCUAAUCUUCGGAAUAAACGCCAAAUGUGUUUCGAGCAAUCGUAUAUGAUUGACCUUGAUGUUGCCGAAAUGUUGUUAUUAGAAGGAUUUUUUUUCUUGAGCAAAUUUUAUCGCAUGUGUCCUGUCUUUAUAUACGAUAAUCCGGACGCUAUAUUCAAUCCGUACAGUAUCAGUAAAAGUAAAAAUAAAGUUGUUCCGGUUAUUCAUCGAUCACAUAUUUAUUUUAUCUGCAAUGAAGUUAACUUAAAGAAAUUUAGAGAGAACCCUUUGAAAUACAUUGUGAAUGAUAGCAUUAAACAUUUUAUUGAAUACCCAUUGAAAAUUGCAGUCACAGGGCCACCGAAGUCAGGAAAAAGUGAAUUAACAGCAAAGAUUGCGAAGAAAUAUGGUCUGUUGUGUGUAUCUAAGGGAGUCGCCCUUAGGCAUAUUGUAAACGAUCUAUCAUGGACAGAUUUAGCAUUAAAAACAUUAUCGAAACUUGACAAAGGAGAAAGUGUGAGCAAUUAUGUGGUAAUGCAGGCUGUUCAAACUCUUAUCAACAAUUACUGCAGUUCCUCUCGUGGAUUUAUUUUGGAUGGGUUGCCAAGUUCGCCUUUUGAAGCGUUGGAACUUCAAAAAUUAGGCCUUUAUCCUUUAAUAAUUUUUGACCUUCGUGGAGUUUCACGGAUCAUGAUUAAAAAUUCACAGAAAGAAAUUUAUCCGAACAUAAUCAAAAUGAAACCUCCAUAUUCACGUAAUUUUAUUAAUCAUAGAUUGGCGAAAUAUAAUAAAAAGUGUAAUAGAAUUUCGGAAUUUAUAAACAACGACACUCAAAAUUUGUUCACUCUAAAUGCAGAAGAAUCUAGAUGGAAAUGUUUCUAUAAAGCUGACAACAAGAUUUUUGAAAUGAUUCCACAAAUCCAUCAUUACUUAACGAACUACAAAACCACUGCAGUACCGAUGUCUGUGAUGUGUAUUUCGGAUAACGAUUUCCAACUCAAAAUGUCUAGUUACAAGAACUAUUGUCCCGUUUGUCUUUCUGACGACAUAAUAAAGCACAGCGGGUAUCCAGUCGAUAAAAAAGGUAUUGUACAAUACAAAGAACGUGUGUACUGGAUAUGUAAUGAGCACCUAGAUUUGGUAUUGAAGAAUCCAGUUAUACUGUUGACAGAAAAUGUCAACAUACCUGAAAUACCUAUGGUUGUUAAAACUAUUAACCCUUUCAAUCUUUAUGAGGAUGGCAUAUGUAUAGUGACAUAUGCUGAAAAUUUACCAGCUCAGAGAAUAGAAAAGGGAAAGGAAGAAUAUGCCGCUGUAUAUAAGGAAAUAACAUAUUUAUUUUGCAGCUCAACCUGUCUGCGUAAAUUUUUAGCAACUCCGAAAAUGUACUAUGAUAUAACAGUGUUUAAAGAGCGCAAAAUUUUCCCAACGAUAUCCUUAAAGAGCCUUCCCCAUUUAGGGUACCUUGAGCAAACGGUGGGGAACCUUAUUACUGAGGCUUGUUGUUCUGUUAACGUUGCGCGGCCAAAGUACCCGGGAUUAACAGCACAAAUUUCAGGUCUCUUAUACGUAGCUUUCUACCUCAAGAUUCACAAUCCUCUAACAGACGUUUCUUUUUUACCAUUGUAUAAAAAAUCCCUCAAAACAUUCGAAAGUAGAUGUCAACUCAUGACCCGCGUAGGGCAAUGUUUAAGAUCUGUAGAUAAUCCUUUCGCACACUAUCCAAAGUGUUGUAAUCUAAAGGAUAUACAGGAUAUACAAAAGAUACAGGAUGUUACGGAACCCAAAGCCAUUACAACAGAUUCGGGCACUGUCAUAAAACCUUCUAGUUUUAAACGGGAAUCUAACACAUCUUUUACCUGUUUAUGUGAUUCUGACUAAUUUUUCAUAGCAUUUAUGAAUUUGACUAGUUUUUUCUAAUAAAUUUGAUAUUCUA